AACCACACAAAAGAUUAGAGGAGGACAGAGUAGUGCGUUGGCUAAAUUGUGAGAGACGGAAAAGAGGAGAGUGAAAGCGAAUCCAGGUUACCAUGUAUCCAUCACUCAAGAAGAUGAUGGAUUUCGCUCGCGUGCAAAAGGAACUCCAAGAAUGCAGUAAGGACAUUGAGGCUUCAGGUAUUAGAGUCACCCCCAAAGCCGAUAAUCUUUCCCACUUGCUCGGCACCAUUCCUGGUCCUGUCGCUACUCCUUACGAAGGCGGCACCUUCCAAAUUGACAUCACGUUGCCAGAUGGGUAUCCAUUUGAGCCGCCCAAAAUGCAGUUUGCUACAAAAGUCUGGCACCCUAAUAUCAGUAGUCAAAGUGGUGCAAUUUGCCUGGACAUUUUGAAGGAUCAGUGGAGCCCAGCACUUACGUUGAAGACAGCCCUGCUUUCUGUGCAGGCGUUGCUCUCUGCUCCUCAACCUGAUGAUCCUCAAGAUGCUGUGGUGGCACAACAGUAUCUUAGAGACUACCAGACUUUUGCUGGCACAGCUCGAUACUGGACAGAAACUUUUGCCAAGACGUCAUCACUUGGAGUGGAAGAAAAGGUUCAGAAGCUUGUGGAGAUGGGAUUCCCGGAGGCUCAAGUAAGGAGCAGUUUGGAAGCUGUGGGAUGGGAUGAAAAUUUGGCCUUGGAAAAGCUCUGCUCCGGCUAAGUUCUCACUCGUCUGCCAUAGACGAAACAUAGGAGCACAUACUGAUCCCAAGGGUCGUAUUUAUACUAUGGCCUAUAGUUUUUUUUUUUUUUUUUUUUUUUUUUUUUUUUUUUUUUUU